CCGCUGGUGGGGCUCGUGUGCGUAACGAGGUACAGCAGCACAAAUAGCGGCUCUAGGCUCUGGACUGGGGUGUGGGUAUGACCAACGGCUGAGGAAAACCGAUCCGUAACAAAGUGGGGCGAGAGAUCAUUGUAGGGCCAUUGCAAUAUUGCUAUCAAACAACUGCGGCGGCUGCAGUCAUACCAACCAUCUCCCCGGCUGGACAGAAGGUUGUUGACGUUGAACAUCUGCAUUUGCACGGCGGGCGAUGGUGGCUGUCAUGUUCGCCCAGCUCGGGGCGGCGCCUCUAAUCAUGUCGCUGCUGUAUGGGGCAACUUUCCUGCACGCGCUGAGCAAGCUGAGGAUGCUGCACGGGAAGUCCCGCUCCCUCGACACCAAGAAGCUGUUUGCCAUGAGCGUGCUGCUGCUGUGCCUCACGCGCACCAUGGGCUUCAUGACGAUCGGCGCCCUCAACAUGCGGAGCGUUGGCGGUGGCGGAACGUCGUCCAGACGCUCUUGGCAGAACGACGCUGAUGAGCGCUUCUAUGAGAAAACCAUGCUGGUCCUGUUCGAUCUUCCGGACUUCAUGAUCGUGAGCGCCUACAGCCUCCUGGCUGUCGUCUGGGCGGAGGCCUUCCUGCAGUCUCGUCGCCACUGGCUUUCGGCGCGGGUGUACAAGCGGCAGCUGUUGCUGGGCUACAUGAUCUUCAACUCGGCGCUGUACGCCGGGCAGCUAAUCCUCUACACGCUGCUCUUCCUCCCCAGCUUCAACCAGUCCGGGGUGCUCUCGGUGCUCUACCUGUUCAUCACCUCGGUCAACCUUCUCCUGCCGCUCCUCCUGGCGGUGCUGUUCUCCUACCUCACGUGCACCUUCUCCGGUUUUCCUUACAAGUCGGAGGCGGCAAUGCUCAGAAUGGAUCGGGUCGGGCGCGUGGUGAUGCUGUGGACGGCGGCGAGAGUCAUGUGGGGCCUGUCGACUUUAACGGCCGUUUUGGAGUUCCAGCGGCUUGUAGGGAGCGCCACCAGCCUUCGCGAACAAGUGUAUUCGAUUCUGGUCGUCACCCUGUUCCUGACGACCGAGCUAUAUCCUCUCCUCGCCGCCCUGGACGACGAGUUGCUCCUGGCCUUAUCCGGAGCGGAGGACGCGGCACCUAAAGUCGGCGGUGGGGGAACCGGAGGACGGAAUAGUGGAUGUGGCGGGUCGGCAAUUGAAACGGCAAGGCCAGGAGACCAAGGACGCCGGAGUCGCACCGCGAGGCAGCCCAUCACCGCUAGCACCACCGCGGUGUCGGCUCUCAGCGGCGCGGGCGAGAAUAACCCCAUGCAACCCUUACUACCUCGCGGUGGGCGCAGAAGGGACAGCUGGCUUUCGGCGUCAUCUGAAAGCGAACUUGGGUGACCCGCUGGAUUUGAGCGUUGAAUAGUGCAGCCAGCCGUAGAUGCGUUGUUCUUGGACGUGGGCGUGGAGCAAGGCAGGCGGCGCCGCGGGUGGGAACUGCUCAAAAGGUUGAUGCAAAGUAUAUUUCAUUGGACAUUUCUCUAUUCGUUUGUGUUUCAGCGCAAGCACGGGAACGGCUGUUGGUCGCUCGCAUCACGGCGGGGAUUUUUUUAUCUUGUUAUUAGGAAAAAUAGAACAAACACAGAAAGCCCUUACCCGUUCGAGUUUAACCACAGUCGAAGGGGAUAUGUUGGGAGUCUUUUUUUACGACGUUCCGACUGGUCGGAGAUCAAAAAAGAAAGCUGUCUUGCAUGUAAAUGUACACAAGAUGACUGAGCCUGUCAGUCACAAGGAAGGGGAGAUGUCCCUAAGUUCUGCUCAGGGAAUGAGACGCAGGUAUUUUAGUGUCCGCUAACGGUAUGACCUCAUUCCUAGUUUUCUGGGAAAAGCCUCUUUGGCGGGAUGCCAGCGGAGCUAUGCAUACGUACAAGUUGAUUUCUUGACCCACAACGGAAAAAAAUACCGCCACUCCAAAAUAAAAAUUCGGGCGGCAUUUUUUUCGAAUGGUUUGAGAAAUCAAUGGACCAUUUUUCCCGCGAAAACGGUGACACUUCGAAUGUUUCUUCCAAAUAAAUGCGUAGACUCCUGCUGUACCACUCCGGUAUCAAUUUUUUUUUUCUUGCCGUCUCGAUUUUCCAGCAGUUUUUUCCACCCUUCUUUCUAGUGGGCCUCAACCAGCGGCUAGAUCUAUGAUUAUGAACACCAGCGAAUGGAUCGGGAUAUGAUUGUUGGAUGGGGAACGCCGGUAUC